AUGAACGAAACAAAGCUUGAGGAAAAAAUCGCAUCGUUACGUGCGACUUUGAAUAAGUUAGGAACCUCACUUGUAGAAGAAGUAACUAUGAUUUAGGAUUACACAAUUGAUGAAGACCUUAAUGAUUCCCGCCUUUCAGAUGCCCUACCUUCAAACUUGAAAGGAGUGAGUUUUCGAAGCGAAAGUCUUUAUUCAGAAGAAGCAAAUACCAGCCCUAAAAGUGAUGUUCGUGAACUUAGAAUGCUUUUAGAUUAUGAACGAAAAAGAAGCGAAAAUUUAGAAAAUCGAAUUGCAAGUAAAGAUCAAUUAUUAGGGGAAAUGUCUGCACUACAAAACGAGCUAUAUGCUAAUAUAGAAGACUUGCAGAAUAAAUUAGAACAAAAACAGCCAGAUGUUCAAAGAGAAAAUGAGUAUAUUGCUUCAAUAAAAGAAGGAUAUGUGAAAGAAGUAGAGUUAAUGAAUGAACAAUUACAUCAAAAAAGCCAUGAGAUUUUAAACUUAAAUUUCAUGAUUGAGCAAGCUAAUUUUAAAGAAAAAGAGUAUUUAGCGCAAAUUAGUGAUUUAAAGAUUCAGAUAGAAAUGAAGGCUGGAUAUGAAAAUUUAGAUGCAAUUUAUGAGCUAAGAAAACAAAUUCAAGACCAAAAUGCAGAAAUUUUGAAAUUAGUUAGCUAGUUAGUUUGAGUAGAUAUUUAAGUCCCCUUUUCAUUAGCUGAAAGUCCUUCUUCAGUGAUGUCCUGCAGGGUGGCACAACUACUCACCCUGAGCCCGGACCAAAAACCCCGCUUCUCAGUAAAGGUAAAGUCUUGGGCCAUUUACUAGUUUUGCUAAUCACCUAUUUCCAAGCCAUGACAUUACCCAAGUUUAUACCAAACUCCCUUUCAACUCCAAAUUGUCCUUUUGUUGGUUGAUUUUCAACUGGAGAGAUUAUGUUUUGCUGUAUAACCUUGUCUCCCUUCUUUUUCAUUAUCCUGAGAAAGAAAUCAAGCUUUCGCCAUUUGAGGCAAGCCUCAGUGACAGCUUAGGCAGUGUGUCGCCCUUCCUCAUAUCAGGCACCACUGAGUUAGGUACUUCAGGCAAAAGAGAUGCAUUUAGCUACAAGGAUUCAGGACCAAAAACAGUGGCUUCUGGUCUCAUGUCUCUCGCUUUGAGGCUAGUGACGAUAGCUGGGCCAUAAAUACAGCUAAAACAAUGCCGGCUACAUAAGGCCCCUGCCACGAGAGGACAGGUCUUAAUCUUAAAGGAUGCAGCUGCCAUAUUUUUAGCAUCAAGGAUUCCUUAGGUGAUUCACCAGCUUUGCGACGCACAGUCAAGGUUCCGGAUGGUUGGGUCUUGCAUUUGGCAAAUUGACUCAUCCAAAACCUUGAUUUCUUUUUCAUCGUCUAGUGCCAUAGAAACCUAUGAAUUUUUGCUUGCUGUGAUGAAUCCCCCACCUUUCAGCUCCAGUUGUGAGUGGACAGGCUAAAGACUUCUGAAAUCUUGCAUGUGCUGAUGGGUUAAAAGAAGGUAGCCUUCAUAGAAAUCAUAAAAAAUGGAAUUUCUGGUUGACUCUCGGCGAACUGAAGUUCGAGGGGGGGUUGCUCUCGGUUUCACAUUAGAGACUCUCCUGAUUGACCUAAGCAUUGCCUGUAGGCUUUACAGGGUUUCCCCUUUCUAACUCCAAGCCUUCCUUUCCUUCGAGAAAAAAUCCAACUCUGAAAGCGGACUAAGGCUAGGCUCUGUACAUUACCAGAAUUGCUUACCUAGUAUAAUUGGCCAUUUCUGGGUUGGAAUAAUUUGCCAGAUAUAAUUAAAUAUGCGCUCAAGGCUGUAUGGUCUAGAUGCUAUAUUUAUUUAUAAAAGAGGGAAGGUUACUUCAGCCAUUUUAUGUAUGAAAAUUUGAAAUUAAAUAAAGAAAAAGAAGAAUAUCAAUUUAGCCAAGACAGCUUCCGUACAAAUGAUGCAAUUUCUAUGAGGAAAGAAAUUUCUGUUUUGAUGAAAACUGUUGAUGAACUUCAUAUUAUUAAUCAAGAAAAAGAAAAAAUAAUAGAAGAGCUUAAAAAAGAAAUCAACGAGCUAAAUAAUCAAAUUUUUGAAGAAAAAGAAAAAAAUAGAGAACAAAGCUACAUAAAUGAAAGAACUGUAAAGGCGCAAUACGAAUAUAAUAAAUCAGCAAAUGAAAUUGAAGCUUUAAAAGAAAAGCUAGAUGAGCUUUCAGAAAAAAUGAAUAAUAAGUCAUUUAAAUGUGAAAUUUGUGAAGACCUUUCUUUAACUCUAGGAGUCUCUGAUCCCAAAAAAAUUUACCCCAAAAUUACUCAAAUGCUAAAAGAUAUAGAAAAGCAAAAACAAAUAAAUGAGCUGUACCAAAAAGUCGAAAAUUUAAUUAUUCAGUUUUCACCAGAAGGAGCAUUUGUGAACGCACCAACUCCUCAUCAAAUAUGAAGAUGGCUAAUAAGAUUAUUUGAAGAAUACAUGGCUCUUAAGAAAAGUGUUGAUGGUCAAUUUUUAGAGAGGGUUUAUAAUAUCCUUAAAGUCAAAGAUCCAAAUGCUGCACUUCAAGCUAUAGAAAGUUUUGUAAAGAAAAUAUAA